GGGACAAGGAGACCAAAUUCUUUCAAACCCUUCAUAUAGUAAGAAUGGGAGGGAGAGGGAGAAGGAGACGGAGAAAGGAGCCUAACACAAUAUCGGAGCAAAUGCCUGUGAAGAUAAAGGCGAGCUUUUUCCAAUUAAUGAAGGCACUCGUGUGGGAUAGGAAAAGUGGGUAUAAUGA